ACAAAUAAAAGAAAAAAAAAAAGAAAAAAAAAAAAAGAGGGAAAGAUGGAGUUGUUUGAUUUGGAAAAGCAGUUUGCUUUCUUCCAUGGCUACCACAGAAACCUUAAGAACAUAUUCGUCCACGUCGUCUUCGUAUGGCCGAUAUUCUUCAUGUUCUUGCUCAUGCUGUACUUCACCCCUCCUUUGAUCACCCACUCUCCCAUUAAUGAUUACUUGGUGUUCAAUUAUGGCUUCUUUUUGGCUCUCGGAUAUUCGAUCUACUACUUGUGUUUGGAUAAGACAACAGGUUCUUUGGCUGCAUUCUUUUGUCUAAUCUGCUGGAUCGGAAGCAGCGCUCUCGCCCAUCGCCUCGGAUUUUCGUUGGCCGCCAAGGUUGCUGUGGGAUCUCAGCUGCUAUCCUUGGUAGCACAACUAACAAGCCAUGCAAUUUUUGAGAAACGAGUACCUUCCGUCAUCGACAACCUCUUUCAAACAUUGGUAUUAGCACAAUUUUUUGUGUUGUUGGAGGUUCUACAACUGGCCUUCGACUAUGAGCCAUAUCCCGAGUUUAAUGCCAAAGUAAAGGCCAUAGUUGAUAAUGAUAUUAAACUUUGGGAGGAUGAGAAAUCCAAGAAAAGAUCUUGAAGUCAUUGUACCAAUAUGUAACUGAAAGCAUGUUGUUUUUAUUUAAAUAAAAAAAAAUUAUAAUCGA